AUGGAAGAAGCAAAGGCAAUGCAGCAGCAGCAGUUGAUCCAAGAACAACAACGACAACAUUUUCUGCUCUUACAGCAAUUGCAAAAGCAACAGCAACAACAGCAAGCAUCCGCAAUUUCUCGCUUCCCUUCCAACAUUGACGCUCACUUGCGUCCCAUAAGACCCCUCAAUCUUCAACAAAACCCUAACCCUAACCCUAACCCUAAUCCCAUUCUCAAUUUACCCAACCCUAAUUCGCAGCAGCAGCAGCACCAAAAGAUUAUUCGACCCCCCGGUAAUCACAUGGAGCUCCAGAUGGCUUACCAAGACGCUUGGCGGGUCUGCCAUCCCGAUUUCAAGCGACCCUUUUCUUCUCUCGAAGAUGCCUGCGACAGAUUAUUGCCUUACCAUGUUGUGGCAGAUUAUGAAGCAGAAGAGGAUGAUAGGAUACUGGAUUCCGAUACAACUGGCCAGAUGCUUUCCAGGUCCCAACAGUGGGAUAAUAAUAUUGCUGCUAAAAUUGCUGAAUUUACUGCAACUUUUGAGAAGCAAACACUUGCCUUCAACAUAAUAUCGCAGAAGAGAACUUUGGGGGAAUUUCGAUCCGAGGAGAGACUGAUGAUUGAACAGGCACUUCUUCAAGAGGAAAAACGGGCUCUGAUCGAAUUAAGAGCUGAAUUAGAAUCCAGGGAGAAAGCUGGUCGUGAAGCCCACGAGGCUAAACUACGAAUGGCUGCAAUGUAUCAAGCAGAGCAGCAGGCAAGGGCUGAUUCACAAUCUCAUGCUGAAAUGAUGUCUCGAGCCCCCAUAAGAGGGAGUGCACUUGGUUCCCAAGGCAGUGACAUUGUGAUUGGUGGCCAUGACCUAGGAGAUCAGGAUCAUAGUGAGAUGAUGAAUGGAUGGGGAAGCAAUGCACAGAGAGAUGAGAAGGAGCCGUCUGAGGAUUUCUUGAAUGACGAAGCUGAGAAUGGUGACACUGGCACGCCCGAUGGCUGGCGUGAAGUUGGUGAAUUUGAUUUAAAUGCUAGGUGA